AUGUGCGUUUCCGAGAAAUACGUCUGCGAGUGCAAGUGGCCCAGAGACACGGUCCGACACUGCCAAAACUUCGUCGACACCGGCGUUGUGUGCCCCGGACCCUCAAAGAUGAUUCUUCUCCACGGCACAGAGGAGCGCAAACAUCCAAGUGGCGUCUACAGAUGCUCCAAUUCCAGCUGCGAUCUUUGGGAUUUGGUAAUGUGUCGAGGUAUCCGCCUGAGAGGGCAACGUAUAGACCGAGAGUUCGGGCUCGAGCUGGGACGUUGGACGGCCGAGAAGGCGACAAACGCGUUGACGAAUGAAGCUAUUCCAGCCCAGUCUGGAGGCGAAGGCCAUGCUAGCGCCAUCGUCAUCGCAGAGGACUCCAACCAGGCUUCCGACAACGAUGAAGGCCUCGAGGUGCCGCAACCUAUCGAACCUGUGGCUGCUGCAGAGCCCGAGCCUCAGCCAGUUCCAGCUACUCCUGAAGGAGCCCAGCACGUCGAUGACAGCAUGCCCGCCAACAUUCCCGAGCCCGAGAAAGACGAAGCUACAGACGAUGACUUGGACAAUUUGUUUGGCGGUCCUUCGGCUCCCCCCUCUCCCGAUAUGAGUCUCGUCAAGAAUCAUCCUACUAUCUUUCUCCCAACAGGAGGCGACCUCCCAAGCCCUGCCCUCUCUCAGCCCACCCCCGAGAAACCCAUCGUCGAAGGCGAUUCCCCUUCACCCGCCGCCAACACGACCGGCAAACAAUCAACUCUCCUCAUCCUACCAGCACAAGGACCACUUCAGCAGAAGCAGCAGCAGCAACUGCAACAGAAGCAACAGAAGCAACAGAAGCAGUUGCAACCCGUCCCCCAGGUCUCUCAGAAGCUGGCGCCGAAAUAUACCGCCCAGAAUACCACGGCGAUGGCGAUGGCAAUGGGCAACAACACGCCGUCGCCCAUCGGCAACCCAGCGGUCCCGCAGACGGCAACACCGCCCCAGGAGGGGGCACAGGUACGGCCGAUGAGGCCUACCUUGAGCGGAGCAAACCAAGCGACGCUCAACGCGUUGCGGGCGCAUGCUCCCCGCCCCCUCCAUGAGGUCUUCCCGUCGAGGGAAGUACUUAUACAGGCUCGGAUGUUGGCAAUGGCAUCAUCCCCUACCCCCGGGGCACAAAGACAGGCAUCUUCUCGCCCUCGCCCGCCCAUGGACAUGUCGAAGUUCGGAGGACACAAACCCGCCCCCGGAAGCCAGCAGACUGGGAACAACGGCUUUGUCAAUGGCCAGGGCAAGGCCUUCAAGGAUCCUCGGAAGUCUGGGCCCAGCAUCACGUCUAUGGGCGGCAAUAUGGCCAACAUCCAGCAGCAGCAGCGUGCAAUGUCGCUGGCCGUCCAGAUGCCGCCUCAGAAUGGCUACACGGCCACCCCUCAGGUCUCUCAGAGACCUAUUUCUACGUAUACCGCCCAGAAUACCAUGACAAUGGGCAACAAUAUGCCAUCGCCCAUGAACCAUCAGCAGCGUAUGGUACCCCAGGCCCCCGGCAUGCCGACCCAGAAUGCCCACAUGGCUGGGCUGGCCGGGUUCGGUGUCCCUCGGAUGCCAGGCACGCCUGGCAUCCAGAACCCGGCGGCAAUGGGUGUGGGCAAUAAUAUGCCCAAUGGGGUCUGGCAGGGGAUGUCGGCCCAGGAGAUGACGGACCAGGACAUUUGGUUGCAGAAUAUGCUAUCGCAGACUACCACGUCCUCCAACUGGCAGGGCAUGUCACCUCAGAACGUGCCACAUCAAGGUAUGCCCUCCAGGGCUACCACACCUCAAAACGGCUACACCACCAGCCCCAUGGUCCCUCAACUAGCACCCGCCGGCCUCAAUAACUUCGGCCUGAACCUGCAGAUGGGGUAUCAGGGCAUGCCGAACCAAGGGAUGUUACCUCAGGGUAUGUCACCCCGGGGUAUGUCAAACCAGGGCAUGGCAUAUGGGGGUAUGGCACCUCGGAGUAUGCCAAUUCAGGGCAUGCCACCCCAGAACGGCUACAUGUCUAGCCCUAUGGCCCCUCAGAUGCGAAUGGCACCCACAGCUGGGCCCAACGGCAUGCGGGCCCAGCAGGGACUCGGAAACUUGGCCGACAUGGCUGCGAUGGCGCCCUCACAGCACGCAGGAUUGGUGGGACAGUCCUUCCAACCCAUGGCCAGUCCUGCCUCCACGGGCAACUGGAACCCGGCUGGAUCCCCCCACCCCCAGGCCCCUCCCCAGCCCAUCUUCAACGGCCAAAUGUUCAUUCAGCAGAGCCCCCGGCCUCAGACGCCGCAGAUGGCUUCGGGUAUGCCUGGGACGCCCGGCACGCCCGGAGUGCCUCCGACGCAGAGGGUCGUCGGCCCAGCCACAGGCCAAAAGAGAUCACACUCUGUAAUCUCUACUGGCUGCGUCGAUCCUCGCAUGCUGAGUCAACCUCCUUCAGCACCCGGCGGCAUGCCAAACACUUCGCCGGCGAAUACGCCUCAGCAGCCGGGGGCGGAAGAGCGCCAGGCUAAGCGGAGGGCGACGUAA